AUCAUGUUGUUGUGUCUUAAGUGUGCAGCACCAAAUCCUUUAUAUUUUAGUCAAUCUAUUGAACUCUUGCAUGACUUUGUACAGUACAGUGGAUUUGAUCUCCUUGAGAAAGCAAUCCUUUAUAUGGAGUCAAUAUGUCUACAGUGUGAAAGCCUAAAUUCUCAGGCUUGUGAACAUGUAUCAUUACUCAUCAAUAAUGUCAUAAAAAUAAUCAGUGUUAUCAAAAAAGUCAAAUCUGAGCAACUUCAUCAAUCAAUGUGUACUAGAAAAAGACAUAGGAGAUGUGAAUUUUCACACUUCAUGCACCAUCACAGAGAUCUGUCUGGUCUUCCAGUUUCUAUUUUCAAAAGUCGUGUUCUUAAAGAUUCUUUUGAAGAGAAUAUAUAUGAGGAGGUCCGAUAUCCUGAGAGGAGUUGUUGCAUUGCAGUGUGCGCACAUCAAUGUUUACGUUUACUGCAUCAGGCAUCAUUGACCCCUACAUGUCUGCAGAUUAUUUCAGGUAUACAGAGUGUGGGGAUUUGCUGCUGUAUGGAUCCUGCAUCUGUUAUUUUACCUCUUCUUUAUGCUUUUAAGAUGCCAAGAUUAACAAAUGUACAACAUCACACUCUGAGUCUACUUGCACUUUUGAUGUUGGAUCAGCUAGGCGGAGGUGAAAGCUCAAAUACUGUUAAGCAAGCAUCAUGUAACAUAUGUGCAAUGGAUGGUGAACAUUUAGCAGAAUUGCAGGACACAAUUCAAGGCAAAUCUGACCCUGCUCUAUCUUCAGGUUUGUGCAGUAUGACUUAUAGAUUUCAGGGUGUUCUACCAAGCAAUGGGUCAGAAGACAUGAUGUGGAAAUGGGAUUCUUUGGAAGCUUACCAAGAACUUGUUUUUAGUAAUGAUUUACACCUAAGCUUACCUAUUGCCAGCCACAUUUGCUUCAUCAUUCAGAAAGGAAACGCAGUAAUUCAAUGGAAAUUGUACACCCUUAUCUUUAAUGCAGUUUUACAAAGAGGGGUAGAGAUGGUACAUCAUUCUCAACAGAUGGGUGUUUCAACAUCAUACAGCCAUACAAGCAGCUGUCAAACAGGAUUAUCUGAAGAAUUACUUAAGGUUUACCUAAAAGUACUUCCAGAAUUGCUGAAGUUCAGUGUAAUACGAGAAGUGUUCUUAAAUUCAAAUGGACUGAAUCAAAUUACUGAGCUUAAUUAUUUGGAUUCUCUGAGAUAUUUCUGCUUGAAAGCAUUUGAGUCUCUUAUUUGCUUUGGAGAGCAACAGAUGGACUGUUUAACACCUAACUUAGAAAAUGGCAGUAGUGAUUCAAACCCACUUCCUUUGGAAUUUCAUGUUCAGUUUUCAAAGCCCCAACAAUGGCUACAUGAUGUGCAAACGAAGAACUAUACUGAUUUGAAAGAGAUAUGUCCAAAGCGUAAAAAGAUGAUUUCAUCAAAAAACAAACAUUAUCAACCUUUUUCUUUGUUUGGCUUUUUUAAGUGUGAGCAAAGAUGCAGAGUCUGACUUUGAAUCGGUAAAUGAGUCCGAGGACACUUCUGGCUAUGACAGUACUGCGAGUGAACCACGAAGCAUAUUACCAAAGCUUAAUGUUGAAAGCUUGGUCUUGCCAUCUACUGAACAAAUACACAGAGCAGCAGAUAUUUGGUCUAUGUGUUGUUGGCUUUACCUUUCAAAUGCAAUGCUGCAAAAACAAUUCCACAAAAUUGGUGGCUUUGACUUGUGUUACAAAUUUACUCUUUUGAUAAUAAAUAAAUUUUCUAGCUGCUUUGAAGAUCUAAGAAGUAAC